UAAAAAAAAAACAGCGGCGCUCGUCUUCGUGUUCGUAGCUCGCUGAUAAAAUAAAUAAUUUAAAAUAGUAUUAUAAAAACUGUUGACCUUAUAUCAUGGUGUUUUAAGAGAAUAAUUAAUAACAAUCAAAUAAACAACGCAGUUAAUUUAAAUUAGUGAAAAUGAAGAAUCCUCGUUCAGAUUUGUGUUCAAGAUACAUUACAAUAUUUAUUGUUGUUUCUUGUUACUGGGUUGUGUCAAUAGCAACAGUAUUCGUAAAUAAGACAUUGCUGAGCAGCCAGGAGGUUGCAUUAGAAGCUCCAUUGUUUAUAACAUGGUUCCAAUGCAUUGUGUCCUUUAGUAUUUGCUAUUCAUUAAGCCGAACUGGCGGUAUCCCUGGUGUCUUCACAUUCCCUAAAGGUACACCAUGGAAUUUGGAUGUCAUGAAGCGAGUUAUCCCUCUUUCAUUAAUGUUCACAUUGAUGAUAGCAACAAAUAACCUGUGUCUGAAGUAUGUGGGAGUUCCAUUCUACUACAUUGGAAGAUCUCUAACCACUGUAUUUAAUGUGGUGUUCAGUUGGGUGCUUCUUGGUCAAAGGACUUCUUACAGAUGUAUUUUCUGUUGUGGUCUUAUUAUAUUUGGAUUUUAUCUUGGAGUAGACCAGGAGAAUUUAUUAGGUUCAUUUUCUUUAAUAGGUACAAUGUAUGGAGUGAUAGGAUCUCUUAUGCUUUCUCUCUACUCAAUUUAUACCAAGAAGGUUUUACCCAGUGUAAACCAAGAAGUUUGGUUGCUAUCCUUUUAUAAUAAUGCCUACUCCAUUUUCCUAUUCUUGCCACUAAUUGUAAUAAACGGCGAAGUCUCUGUGUUACUGAGUUACACCAAUUUUACUAGUGGAUAUUUUUGGAUACAAAUGGUCAUUGGUGGGCUGUGCGGAUUUGCUAUUGGAUACUUUACGUCGUUGCAGAUAAAGGUUACUUCUCCACUAACACACAACAUAUCAGGUACUGCUAAAGCGUGCGCCCAAACAGUCCUAGCAACGCAGUGGUACAAUGAAACCAAAAACGUCCUCUGGUGGACUUCCAACAUCAUAGUCCUAUUCAGCAGCGCCCUCUACGCACGAUUCAAACAACAAGAAAUGGAGGAGAAUUCCCGGAAACCAGUACCCGAAGAAAAACAGAGCUUAGUGCAUGCAGACGAGCUGUCUGAAAAUCUAAAAUCGCAAGACACAGUGAUCUUUGUUCCAAAUGAGACAGUAGGUAAACAUGUAUAGGCGUUGAUGGCCAAGUCAAAGAACAUCAGCCCUUAAUAACACCUAUAUGUACUGUGUUUUCCAUUAGUAAGUAAACUGUGUUGUGUCUUUAAUCAUUUUUGUUUGUGCAUAUAUCAUGUCUUUGUCUGUUGGGGGCAAAAAUAUACACAAUUUUAUGUUUUUCAUUAUUAUUAUUAGCACGGGCCAGAUUUUGUUUAACAUU